UAGACUUUACAUGCUGAAAUGAUCAUGGUUUGGUAUGGACCGCUUCGGGCAGGAAAGAUAUCGCAUCAUGUUUUGUCUUCCCGACUUAUAUAACCAAUCUAGAAAGUUGCGUAAUAGAUCCAGCCUUCAAAACUGAUAACCUCGACUCUGAUUUUCAUUUGCAUCUCCUUACAUUUUCUACAACAGUUGACGUACGAGGAACUUACAAAGAACCACAGAGAGAGGUGCCCAUGUAGAUGGAGAUGGAGAACAAGAGAAGGCUUUCUGGGAUCAUCAAGCUUCUUCUCUCUAACGGCCACGUCGUCCAUGGAACAGUUCGGGAUCUGAUGUUUGGCGGAAUUUUUCUCUGGAGGACUAAAUUGGACAUCCCUUUAAAGUUGAGAGACUGGAUUUGCCAAAAUGGAAAUAUGAAGGCCUUCAUUGCGAAGGUUGGACGAUGACCAUUCAUCCGUGCCAUUUGACACGUUGGCAGAGCAAGACUAUGCCACGUGGCGGUUGGACUUCAGCUUGUGGCUAGUAGAAGCCCUUCUCUACUUCUCCGGCGCCUGAGGGGGAAGAAGAAGUUUCUACUCUACCCGUUGAUGGCGAUGGCGAUGGCGAUGGCGAUGGCGAUGGAGGUGGAGAGGAAGAGAGUGUGCGUGACGGGGGCGGGAGGCUUUGUGGCGUCGUGGGUCGUCAAGCUUCUCCUCUCUAAGGGCUACGUCGUCCAUGGAACCGUGCGAGACCCCAAGGACGAGAAGUACGCCCACUUGAGCAAGCUCGACAGGGCUUCCGACAACCUUAAAAUAUUCAAGGCCGAUUUGUUGGACUACGAUUCUCUCCGGACUGCCAUCGCGGGGUGCGCGGGAGUCCUUCAUGUCGCCUCCCCAGUACCAUCCUCCUCUGUUCCCAAUCCUGAGGUAGAAGUGCUUGAACCAGCUGUAAAAGGCACGCUUAAUGUUCUUAAGGCAUGCAAAGAAGUAAAAAUUAGACGGGUCGUCUACGUCUCAUCUACCGCGGCUGUGGUGAUGAACCCAAACUGGCCGAAGGACCAAGUUAUGGACGAAAGUUGCUGGUCAAGCAAGGAAUACUGCAAAGCUACUGAGAACUGGUAUUGCCUUUCAAAGACUGAAGCAGAAAGUGCUGCUUUCGAGUAUGCCAAACAGAACGGGCUUGAUGUUGUAGCAGUUUGCCCUGGCCUUAUAUUUGGGCCUGUUCUGCAGCUCACAUUGAACUCGAGCACCUUGGUCCUCGUAAAGCUCGUGCAAGGUACAUAUAUGCAGCUAGUGCAAGGUGGUGAGGAUUCUGUUCCGAACAGGCUCCGUCCUCUAGUUGACGUGCGAGAUGUUGCUGAGGCUGUAAUAAUGGCGUAUGAAAAACCCGAGGCUGAAGGUAGAUACAUAUGUGUAGCGCAUGCUAUCAAGACCCGAGAUUUGGCGGAAAAGCUUCGUAGACUAUAUCCUGACUUCACUUACCCAAAGAAUUACAGUGAGACUCAACAUGACAACAAGCUGAACUCCGAGAAGCUGCAGAAGCUGGGAUGGACUUAUCGGCCACUGGAAGAAACUCUCAUAGACUCCAUCGAAAGCUACCGAGAGGCUGGGCUGCUUAAGUAGUUAUGGCUUGUGAUGAAACUCGGAAAAUUCGUUUGCUGUUAUUGUUGAUACUUUGGACUGUACAGGAAAGCUGUUGUCCUUCAUUUCUAUUGAUAAUGAAAUUGUUCCCAGAUGUACUUAUAUUUGCCAAUUUGACUACAAUUUCUGUUUCUUUGUCA